AUUUGUGUCGUUCAUCAGAGAGGGAAACGAUAUUUUUCUUAAUAGAUAAAAAUGAAGUGUUUGUCAUCAGAUAAACAAACCGUAAUACAAGGGUUGAAAUAUGAAAUAUAAGGUUUUUCAUAAGAAUAAUAAAUAAUACGGAUAUUCAUACGUUUUCAUUCCGAAUUUCAUGUUUUACUUUCGAUUUUGAAAACAAGAACAUGUUAAAGAUAUUGUGCAUUCAUGGAUACAGACAGAAUAACCAGAGCUUCAGGGAGCGGACAGGAGCCUUUAGGAAGGUUGUGAAGAAAAUCGCAGACUUGGUCUUCAUUUCAGCUCCAAAUCUUGUCCCCCCACUGGAGAGCAGUGAGGAAGAGGGAGCCACCAAUAAUGCUGACCAGAGAGGUUGGUGGUUCUCGUCUUCAGAUGAUAAGUACGUAGCUCAGGAUUUCACCGACUGUUGUAAAGGAUACCACGAAUCAGUACAAGUCAUUAAACAGGCCCUUGUAGAACAGGGUCCAUUUGAUGGUAUAUUGGCAUUUAGUCAAGGGGCUGCCAUGAUGUCCUUAAUAUGUGGACUUAAGGAACAAGAUCCAGAGAGUCCAUUCCAGUUCGAUUUUGUGAUACUUGUUGCUGGAUUUAAAAGUAGGCAGAAGCCACACGAGAGUUUAUAUGAGAAACCCAUAGCAACACCGUCCUUACACGUGUUCGGAGACACAGACAAAGUCAUACCAAGAGAGAUGAGUGAAGAAUUGCUGCAGUAUUUCGUAGAUCCCAAAACCUUACAGCAUUCUGGCGGACAUUUUAUACCCGUGUCCGGGCCUCAGAAAAAAGUCUAUCUAGAAUUUCUCCAACCAUACUUAGACAGGAAAAAAGACCAACAGAAAAUAUGACUUAGAUGUAAUUUAUAUUGUACUUGUAUUCAUUGACUAUGAAUAAAGAACCACAACAGAGUGAUCCUAGUUAAAAAUAAAAAGUUGUACAUGCUAGAUGAUGAAGCAAUCUGAGAGUAUUGCAUUAACAAUACAUGUCCCCUACUGAUGCUACCAUUAUUUGACGGAUGUAAUUUAAGGUAGCUCACUACACUACAGCUUAUACUUUUUAUGACACUAUGUCACAAGAUGGCGAUUUAAAUGUUUUGUGGAAUUAUUUGUAUCGAUUGAUUUGUUUGUCUAUCAUCGUAGCUCAGUGGUUAAAGCAUUGGGCUGCUGAACCGUAGAUUUCGAGUUCAAAUCCCCCAGAGUCUUUUGUUCAUGUGUUGAAAUAAUUUUUUUUUGAAAAUCAUGUUUUUACCCAAAUUUGCAUAUUUUCUGCCUUUUUGGCAUAUAUACUUAUUAUAUAUCAUCAUAUCUUUUAUGAUUAAAUCAAUUUGUACUGAUUUGAGAAACUAUUACAGGGUGUAGUGAACCACCUUAAGAGAAUGUACAUUUAAGGUAGCUUGAACAUUACAUUAAGAUUUAUACAUCUUAUGACACUACAUUACAUGAUGGUGAUUCAAAUGUUUUGUGAAAUUACUUAUAUGAUUCCAUCAAUUUGUUUGUAUAUUUACGAAGCUCGGUGGAUAACGUAUUGGGUUACCAACCUCCAGAUCCCGAGUUCAAAUUUAAUAUUAGCCAGUGUCUUCUGUAUUAUUUAUCGAAAUAAAUUUUUGAAAAUCA